AGAAUGUUCAGUUGUGGGUUCAUAAAAUUACGGUGGCGAUGUCUGGCCUGUAGUGGUCCGUACCGAGGUGCUGCAAAGGGCUAGGAAGCUACAACUGGAUUUCCUAACACUUCUACAAGAUUCCGCUGGAAAACUUACAAUAAACAGAGGACUGCGUCUGCUCGAUUUGUGCUACUUUCUGAUCUCUUAAAAGCCCCCCAUGUCUGAUGUUUAGACAUGUUAGGCUUUCUGAGAUCGAGGAUCGUACUGUUAUGUGUGGCAACACAUAUUGUGCAUUUAGCGGUUGUCAGAUGUCAAGAAGAGGAUGACCAGGAUCCAGGUAGCUGUACACAAGAUGGUCAGCGCUAUAGUGAUAAGGAUGUGUGGAAACCUGAGCCAUGUCGCAUUUGUGUGUGUGACACUGGCACAGUCCUCUGCGAUGAGAUAAUCUGCGAGGAGCUCAGAGACUGCCCCAAACCAGAGAUUCCAUUUGGAGAGUGUUGCCCCAUCUGUGCUGCUGACCAACCUGCUCCUAGUGGUUGGGCACCAGGUGCUAAGGGACAAAAGGGUGAGCCAGGAGACAUCACAGAUGUCAUCGGACCUAGAGGACAACCUGGUCCAAUGGGACCCCCAGGAGAACAAGGACCACGUGGACAGCGAGGAGAGAAAGGAGAGAAGGGAAGCCCUGGACCCCGUGGCAGAGAUGGUGAGCCUGGUACGCCUGGAAAUCCAGGACCACCAGGACCCCCAGGUCCUAAUGGUCCACCUGGCCUUGGUGGCAACUUUGCUGCACAGAUGGCUGGUGGAUUUGAUGAUAAAGCAAGUGCACAAAUGGGUGUGAUGCAAGGACCUAUGGGCCCUAUGGGUCCAAGAGGACCACCUGGCCCCACAGGAGCACCUGGCCCACAAGGUUUCCAAGGCAAUCCCGGAGAAUCUGGGGAACCUGGUGCUACUGGACACAUGGGUCCUCGAGGUCCCCCUGGUUCACCUGGCAAACCUGGAGAUGAUGGAGAACCUGGCAAACCUGGCAAAUCUGGUGAGCGUGGCCCUCCUGGUCCACAGGGAGCUCGUGGAUUCCCUGGAACUCCUGGCCUGCCUGGAAUAAAGGGACACAGAGGGUAUCACGGCCUUGAUGGUGCAAAGGGUGAGACUGGCGCUGCUGGUGCUAAGGGUGAGGCAGGUGCACCUGGUGAGAGUGGUGCUCCAGGUCCAAUGGGUCCACGUGGUCUGCCUGGUGAAAGAGGACGUCCAGGACCUUCUGGAGCUGCUGGUGGUCGUGGAAAUGAUGGCUUACCUGGCCCUGCUGGUCCUCCUGGUCCUGUUGGACCUGCUGGAGCUCCAGGCUUCCCGGGUUCCCCAGGUGCUAAGGGCGAAGCUGGACCCACUGGUGCUCGAGGACCUGAGGGAGCUCAGGGACCCCGCGGAGAGUCAGGGACACCUGGAUCACCCGGAGCUGCUGGAGUUCCAGGUAACUCUGGCACUGAUGGUAUUCCUGGGGCCAAAGGAUCAGCUGGAGCCCCUGGUAUUGCUGGAGCCCCUGGUUUUCCAGGGCCCCGUGGGCCUCCUGGACCUCAAGGAGCAACUGGACCUCUUGGGCCAAAAGGGCAGUCUGGUGAUCCUGGUAUCCCAGGGUUCAAGGGUGAGGCUGGCCCAAAGGGAGAGAUAGGUCGUGUUGGUCUCCAAGGUUCUCCUGGCCCUGCUGGAGAGGAGGGUAAGAGAGGUCCUAGAGGAGAACCUGGUGCUGCUGGACCCCAAGGACCCCCUGGAGAGAGGGGUGCUCCUGGGAACCGUGGCUUCCCAGGACAGGAUGGUUUGGCUGGUCCCAAGGGUGCCCCUGGUGAGCGUGGUCCCCCUGGAAUUUUUGGGCCUAAGGGUGCCAAUGGUGAUCCUGGCCGGCCUGGUGAGCCUGGUCUUCCUGGCGCAAGAGGUCUAACUGGUCGUCCAGGUGAUGCUGGCCCUCAGGGCAAGGUUGGGCCAUCUGGAGCUCCUGGUGAAGAUGGUCGUCCUGGACCACCUGGUCCUCAAGGUGCCCGUGGUCAACCUGGAAUAAUGGGAUUCCCUGGACCCAAGGGUGCCAAUGGUGAACCUGGUAAGCCUGGAGAGAAAGGACUUGUUGGUGCUCCUGGUCUACGGGGUCUGCCUGGUAAAGAUGGUGAAACUGGUGCUGCUGGACCACCUGGACCUGCUGGACCUGCUGGAGAAAGAGGAGAGCAGGGACAGCCUGGCCCUCCAGGUUUCCAGGGUUUGCCUGGUCCUCCGGGGCCUCCUGGUGAGGGGGGUAAGCCUGGAGAUCAGGGAGUUCCAGGAGAGGCUGGUGCUUCAGGCCCCACUGGGCCCAGAGGUGAGCGUGGUUUCCCAGGAGAAAGAGGAGGUCCAGGGCCCCAGGGUCUACAGGGACCACGUGGUCUUCCUGGAACUCCAGGAACUGAUGGAUCCAAGGGAGCCAUAGGUCCAGCUGGAGCCCCUGGUGCCCAAGGUCCCCCUGGUCUGCAAGGAAUGCCUGGAGAGAGAGGACCUUCUGGUAUACCUGGACCAAAGGGUGACAGAGGAGACAAUGGUGAAAAGGGACCGGAGGGUGCUCCUGGCAAAGAUGGUGCAAGGGGUUUGACUGGCCCUAUUGGUCCUCCUGGUCCUGCUGGUCCCAAUGGUGAGAAGGGAGAAUCUGGUCCAGCUGGACCUUCUGGACCUGUUGGUGCACGUGGUGCCCCUGGUGACAGGGGUGAGACUGGUCCUCCUGGUCCUGCUGGUUUUGCUGGUCCUCCUGGCGCAGAUGGUCAGUCUGGUGCUAAAGGAGAGCAGGGUGAGGGUGGACAAAAAGGUGAUGCUGGGGCCCCUGGACCACAAGGGCCCUCUGGAGCUCCAGGUCCUCAGGGACCAACUGGUGUUUCUGGACCUAAAGGUGCUCGUGGUGCCCAGGGACCUCCUGGUGCUACUGGUUUCCCUGGAGCUGCUGGCAGAGUUGGGCCACCUGGCCCAAAUGGUAACCCUGGUCCCGCAGGUCCUGCUGGUUCUCCUGGGAAAGAUGGUCCUAAGGGUGUGCGUGGUGAUGGUGGUCCCCCAGGCAGACAGGGUGAUGCAGGUCUACGUGGUCCAGCUGGUCCUCCAGGGGAAAAGGGAGAGCCAGGGGAAGAUGGUCCUCCUGGUCCAGAUGGACCAGCAGGUCCUCAGGGCCUUGCUGGACAGCGUGGUAUUGUUGGUCUUCCUGGACAGCGUGGUGAAAGAGGCUUCCCUGGCCUGCCUGGACCUUCUGGUGAGCCUGGCAAGCAGGGCACUCCUGGUGGUCCUGGAGACCGUGGUCCUCCUGGCCCUGUGGGACCUCCUGGACUGACUGGACCUGCUGGAGAACCUGGUAGAGAGGGUAACCCUGGCUCUGAUGGUCCUCCUGGCCGAGAUGGUGCCCCAGGAAUCAAGGGUGAUCGUGGUGCCACUGGUCCAGCUGGUGCUCCUGGUGCACCUGGUGCCCCUGGUGCCCCUGGCCCAGUUGGCCCCACUGGCAAACAGGGAGACAGAGGAGAGGCUGGGCCCCAAGGACCUUCUGGACCACCUGGACCUGCGGGAGCAAGGGGAAUGGCUGGACCCCAAGGACCCCGUGGAGAUAAAGGAGAAGCUGGUGAGGCAGGAGAAAGAGGACAGAAGGGUCAUAGAGGUUUUACAGGACUUCAGGGCCUCCCUGGGCCUCCCGGUCAGCCCGGUGACCAGGGUGCUGUUGGACCUGCAGGCCCCGGUGGAGCAAGAGGGCCACCUGGCCCUGUCGGUCCAGCUGGAAAGGAUGGAGCUAAUGGCCUGCCUGGCCCAAUUGGACCUCCUGGACCGCGUGGCCGUUCUGGAGAGACUGGUCCAGCUGGUCCUCCUGGUAAUGCUGGACCCCCUGGACCUCCUGGACCUCCUGGCCCUGGCAUCGACAUGUCUGCUUUUGCAGGUCUGUCCCAUCAUGAGAAGGCCCCUGAUCCCCUGAGGUUCAUGAGAGCUGAUCAGGCUGCAGGAGGUCUUCGACAGCAUGAUACAGAGGUGGAUGCCACCCUCAAGUCCCUGAAUAACCAAAUCGAAAACAUUCGCAGCCCUGAGGGUUCAAAGAAGAACCCUGCCCGCACCUGCAGAGACCUGAAACUAUGCCACCCAGACUGGAAAAGUGGAGAGUAUUGGAUUGAUCCUAACCAGGGCUGCACAAUUGAUGCCAUCAAGGUCUUCUGCAACAUGGAAACUGGUGAAACGUGUAUCUAUCCUAAACCUGACAAAAUCCCACGCAAGAAUUGGUGGAGUACCAAGAGCAGUGACCGCAAACAUAUCUGGUUCGGGGAGACAAUGAAUGGUGGAUUCCAUUUCACUUAUGGAGAUGAUACCCUUUCACCUAAUACAGCGAGCAUCCAGAUGACAUUCUUAAGACUGCUGUCCACAGAGGCUUCACAGAACCUCACAUACCACUGCAAGAAUAGUGUGGCUUACAUGGACCUAACCACAGGCAACCUGAAGAAGGCUCUGAUUCUACAGGGCUCCAAUGAUGUAGAGAUAAAAGCUGAAGGCAACAGCCGCUUCAGAUACAAUGUCCUAGAGGAUGGUUGUACGAGUUACACCGGGCAGUGGGGCAAGACAGUAAUUGAGUACAAGUCACAGAAGACCUCUCGUCUGCCCAUUGUGGACAUUGCCCCUAUAGACAUUGGUGGAACUGAUCAAGAGUUUGGAGUUGAUGUCGGUGCUGUCUGCUUUUUAUAAAGAAGGAUAAAUGAGUGAAACAAGAAAAACAAGAAAUAACACAUACUUAGAAAGGAAGAAAUAACACACU